AUGCUACAUGCGGAGCUGCUGGGGCACGUGUGGGCGGGCACGGGCAGCACGGCCACGCCGGUGCUGCGCGCGCUGCUGCCGCUGGGCGAGCGCGCCGCCGCCGUGCCACUGCUGGGCGCCGCGACGCUGCACGUGCGCGCCGGCGCAGCGCUCUCGCUCGCUCUCGACGCGCAGGUAUGUGCCGCGCUCUCGCUCGCACUCGACGCGCAGGUACGUGCCGCGCUCUCGCUCGCACUCGACAGCGGAGGGCCGCUGCCUGGGGGUCGCCGGGGCGCGUCUGGAGCUGGCGCUGGACGCGGCAGCAUGCGGGCCGCCAGCCGAGCGCGAGGAGCUGCAAGAUCACCUAACAGCCCCCCGCAUCCAUCAUCCCCACCAGACGGCUUGAUGUCGGCAGGGUCCUCUCGGACUCGGCAAGCGGCAUCCGCCGCUGGUGGAGUGCGCCGCAUGCGUUGGACAAGGGAUAUGAACGCAAACGCAAUGCGGGCGUACUAUAGGGCGAAAGGGGAAGAAACUGCGGGGAUAGCGUAUCGGGCUCGGAUGCAUUGCUUUUUUGCUGAGCUGGAGCCGUCUAUUCCCGUCACGGAACAAAACCUGGCAGACCGAGUUCGGUACAUCAUGCGCUCGAAAAUAUUCGAUGAUGCCGAGCUCGAACGACUACGACGUGAGGCCAUUCCCUCAUCGAAUGAAUUGGCUACGGCUGGGGAUGAGGCUCCUCAGGCGACAGACCAGCUGCCACGAGUAGAAGCCGCCAUGGAUCUUCCAGUUGUGGGUGAUUCAGACGAUGAUGAAAUGGUCUCCCACGAACUAGAGCAAAUGAGGAGUAUAUUGGAAGAGGCGAUUUUAGAAACGCGCAGCAUGCCUCUCGAAAAUCGACCGCGACUUCCCCGCAUACCCCUAAGCAAGCGAAAUCGGGCUGUCGUGAGGGCUCUUAACCCAAUGCUGGUAACCUAUUUGGAAGCCAGCCGGGACCUUUGCGAGACGGACUCAGUUCUUUUUGGCGCCGCAGUGGCAGCUUGCCGUAUUAUUGGCGCCAAACUUCCCAUGGCUGGACGCGCUACUAAACAAAGUAGCGCCAUCCCAGCCUGGAGAAAAAGAAUUGAGGACCGUAUCGCAAAGGCAAGGGCCCUUAUCGGCAGACUGAUAAGCUUCAGGUCGGGUAAUAAUAGACCGAGGGUUGUGCGCACCGUUAGAAUGGCGUUUGCUGGGACAAAUAUCAGUUUGUCCCAGCCGGAUAUCACGCAGAAACUAACGGAGCGCAUAGACGACCUGAAGCAAAAGAUUGCCGCUUGGGGGAAGCGGAUUCGCCGAUUUACCGAGAGGUCAAGGCGGUUCAACCAGAAUCGUCUCUUCCAGAGUGAUCAGAAGAGGCUCUACAAAUCAUUGGAGCGACCAGAGGUAUGUGGAGCGGGCCCAGGACCGGAUCAGGCUAACACUGUCGCAUUUUGGCGUGGCCUGUGGUCAGAGCCCGUAAACCACAGCGAGGGCCCUUGGACGGAAGUUGUGGCGAGUCAGUGUGCGAGUAUUACGCCCAUGGACCCCGUCAUCAUAACGCCGGAUGACGUAGCUGAGGCGGUCCGUAGAGCCCCGAACUGGAAAAGUCCGGGACUCGACGGACUGCAUCACUACUGGCUGAAGGGGUUCAUGGUGUGUCACGCUGUGCUCGCCCGUCAGUUUCAAGAGGCUCUCAACCAGAAGUCGCUCCCUAGCCUCUUCACUACUGGGAUCACUCAUUUGGUUCCUAAAGACCAGGGCCGCUGCCUGGGGGGUCGCCGGGGCGCGUCUGGAGCUGGCGCUGGACGCGGCAGCAUGCGGGCCGCCAGCCGAGCGCGAGGAGCUGUACGAUCACCUAGCAGCCCUCCGCAUCCAUCAUCCCCACCAGAAGGCUUGGUGUCGGCUGGGUCUUCUCGGACUCAGCAAGCGGCACCCGCCGCUGGUGGAGCACGUCGCAUGCGUUGGUCACAAACAAUGAACGCAAACGCACUGCGGGCGUACUUUAGGGCAAAAGGGGAAGAAACCGGAUGUUUGGCAUAUCGGGCUCGGAUGCAUCGCUUUUUUGCAGAGCUGGAGCCAUCUCUAUCCGUCACUGAGCAAAACCUGGCAGACCGAGUUCGGUACAUCCUGCGCUCCAACAUAUUUGGUGACGCCGAACUCGAACGACUACGACGUGAGGCUGUUCCCUCAUCGGAUGGAAAUGCUACGGCUGGGAAUGCGGCGCCACUAAUUGCGCAGCAAACUGCAAACGUGGACGCUGCCGUCAAUAUUCCAUUUGUGGUUGAUUCAGACGAUGAUGGAAUAGUCCCCCACGAACUAGAGAAAAUGAGGAGCAUAUUAGAAGAGUUGAUGCUGGAAACGCGCAGCAUGCCUCUCGAAAAUCGACCGCGACUUCCCCGCAUACCCCUUAGCAAGCGAAAUCGGGCUGUCGUGCGGGCUCUUAACCCAAUGCUGGUGACCUAUUUGGAAGCCAGCCGGGACCUUUGCGAGACGGACUCUAUUCUUUUUGGCGCCGCACUGGCAGUAUGCCGUAUUAUUGGCGCCAAACUUCCCAUGGCUGGACGUGCUACUCAACAAGGUAGUGCCAUCCCAGCCUGGAGAAAAAGAAUCGAGGGCCGUAUCUCAAAGGCAAGGGCCCUUAUCGGCAGACUGACAAGCUUCAGGUCGGGUAAUAUUAGACCGAGAGUUGUGCGCACCGUUAGAAUGGCGUUUGCUGGGACAAAUAUUAGUUUGUCCCAGCCGGAUAUCACGCAGAAACUAACGGAGCGCAUAGAUGACCUGAAGCAAAAAAAUAGCUGCUUGGGGGAAGCGGAUUCGACGAUUUAG